AACAACAACAUCAGCAACAAUAUUAACAUUAUGAAUAGUUUAUUAUUUUAUAUAAUUUGUUUGAUUUGUUUAAUAAUUUAUAAACAACGUAAAUGUUGGUAUUUUAUAUGGCAACUAAAUGGUUGGCGUGGCCUACUCCAACAACCCAUAUUAUGGUUGUUGUUAAUUAUUUAUCUGGAACCUAAAAGUAUUAUGAGCAGCAUUCAACGUUGUCAUAAAUAUUUUCAAUUCCCUUUGGCCAUUAUUGUGUUUAACCGAAUUUUGUUGUAUGUUGAUGAUCCAGAGACUAUGGAAAGUAUCCUCACUGCACCAGAGUGUUUAAAUAAGACAUUUUUACAAAAUGGUUUCUAUGCCAACAAGGGUUUAUUACAUGCCAAAGAUGAACAAUGGAAAAUACGCCGUAAACAACUAAAUCCAGCUUUUAGUCAUAAUACUCUUGUUAGUUUCUUUGAAAUUUUUAAUCGUAUUUCUAAUGAGUUGAAAGUAAAAAUCUCUGAGGAUUUGCUGGAUUGCAAAGAAGUUAAAUUUAAAAGUUUUGAGGAUCUAAUAACACGAGCUGUUUUGGAGGUAUCAUGUUUAACAACAAUGGGUUUUGAAACAAAUUUCCUGCAAAACGAUGAAAAGUUCAUCGCUCAGUCUUAUAGAUAUUUAAUGGAACUAACUGCUUUGAGAAUACUGAAGCCAUGGUAUCAAAUAGACUUCAUCUUUCGUUUGUUGGACAAUAAAAACUAUGAAAAAUCAAAAAGAGCCAACAAGUUGGUUACAGAUUUUGUGACAAACAUUGUGAAACUCAAACAUAUUGAAUGGCAACAUAGACUAGAACAAUACCGCCAGAAGGUAGACAUCAAAACUACAACAAGUAAUCUUGCAACUGCAACUAAUACACGACAAGAAACUGAAGAAAAUGGAGAAAAUCAUAAUUUUACUGGCACUAGAACGGCUGCAGCUGCCAAUGAUGCGUUAAAAAAUAAUAUGAAAGAAUUUUCAUUUUUGCCAGACUCAGAUGCAAAUGCUUUCAUGCAGGAGCAGCAGCAACAAAAACAUCGUAUUUUUAUUGAUCAAAUAUUUUAUUUGGCUCAGACUGGUAAAUUGACAUUGGAAGAUAUUAUGAAUGAAUCACAAUCGAUGGUUGUGGUGUCCUUUGAAACCGUAUCGAGUUGCAUUAUUAACGCAUUACUAUGUUUGGCAAUUAACCACGAAUGUCAAAUGAAAUUACGUCAUGAAAUCACACAAGUGUUGUUGUUGUCAAAGAGUAAAACCAAUAAUAAAACGAACUUGACAACAGCAGCAGAAAUAGCAACAACAUCAAUAAAACAUAUUAAAGAUACAAAUGCAACAAAAACAAACUACCAUAAAACAUGUGCAAAUACGAUUGACAGAGAUUUGGAUUUCAAUACGACAGAUUGUGAAGGUGAUGUGAAUAAUGAUGAUAUACGAAGAAGUACUUUUGCUACUACUAGUAGUAGUAGUAGCAAUAGUAGAAGUACCAAUAGUGGUAAUGGUAGUAGUGGUUAUAAUGAUUCUCUUGAUAGCGAUGAUGAUGAUGUUGAUGGGAAUGAGAUGUUGAAUGAUUGUGAUGUGAAAGUAACCAUAGAACAUUUACUGAAUAUGCCAUACCUUGACAUGAUUAUAAAUGAGUCGUUACGUUUAUUGACAACGGUUCCCAUGAAUUUACGUAAUGCCAGUGCAGAUUUUCAAUUGAAUGUAAUACAACGUGACAAAUGUACUUGUGCAUUAAGCAACAACAACAACAAAAACACUUCUACUAGAUGCAGUUGUCGUCAUGUAGUUGUACCCAAAGAUACAAUGAUUGCAUUGGAUAUAUUUAACAUGCAACGUAAUGAAAAGUAUUGGGGUGCAAAUGCUUUGAAAUUUUAUCCGGAAAAUUUUUCAAAAAAACAUCAACCACAACAUCAAUAUCGAAAUGAUGAGAAAAUAGGAGAUGAAAAUGAAAUGAAAUUGAAUGAAACUUCUAUAUCAUCGUCAGCAGGAUUGGCGGCAACAUCGAGACAUUCUUAUGCAUUUGUACCAUUUUCAAAAGGAUUACGCACUUGUAUAGGUUAUCGUUACAGUAUCUACUUGUCAAAAAUUGUUUUGAUAAAAUUAAUAUCUUCCUUUGAAUUUACAACCAACAUAAAGCUGGAGGACUUACAAUGUUAUGAGGGCGUUUCUUUAAAAUUUUGCAAUGCUGACAAGAUUAAUUUUCAAAUACAGCCAGUUGGCUGAACAACAGCAAUUAAUUUAUGUUCUUGUUGUUAAAUCUAAUUAGUAAUAAUUGUAAAUUAAUUAAUUAAUGGUGGUGGUGCAGUUUGAUGUUUAUACAUAAAUUAAUUAAUGGUUGUUGUAUAGUAAAA